AUGGAUAAUGGGUUCGCCUUUGAUGACAAUACUGAUAUAAGGACUGGUAUCACGGGAUCCGGUAAUAGCAAUGCAUCAAUGAUCUCUAAAGCAACCACUAAAAGUGACAAGAGUUCAAAGUUUUAUGGCAGUGGAAGAGAGUCAAAGUUUAGACUCAAAUUUAGGGGCAACAAGGGCGAUAAUGGGAAUUCCAACGAUACAAUAGAAAGACUCGAUUCCACAAACAUGGUUGGAAAUAGCUCCGAUACGUUAACAUAUGGAAAGUUAGAUACUAGGCCAGAAUUAACAAUCCAAACAACAGGACAUCUGUCCCUUACAAUUCCUAAACGUAUUGGGAGUCUGAUUCUGUUAGAAGAUCCGGGGUAUAACGGAGGUAAAAAGGCACAAGUCAGUUCUCCGGCAUCCACAUUUCACAAUUUAUUUCACCGAACUUCGACCUCAGCACAACCGUUAAAUGAUACCAGAAUCAAUGAGAAUGAAGAAUUAAGUACAACUUCAAACAGAAUUCCUAUAAGUCUUUCAUCCAACAGCUCAAACUCCAAUGUUAUUGACCAGGUACUUGCGUCUACUUAUAACUUUGCAAAUCCUGAUUUCACUUCAGAAGACGUCGAUAUCUCAACAAGUUCCUCGAUUCAGGAAUUGCAAAGAAAAUUAUUAACUCCGACAGAUCAAUAUUUACUGGGAAAAGUUAGAUGUAAUUCAACUACUAAAUUAGGUACAGCCGGUUUCGGAAUUAGUCCACAAAUAUCAGCAAGCAAUAACUCAGGCAUUCAUUUAUCUAAUAGUGGCCUCAGCAUUAUUGGAUCUCCAGAUAAUUCCAUAAAUACUUCAUUCAGCGAAAUAGGUUUGAGUAUUGCAAAUGACACCCUACCACGAGCAGAAGAGUAUAGUAGUAAGAAUUAUAAAUUCUAUAUCAAGUUGUUCACUUUGGUCAAACUGCUUUGUUGUCCUUCCCAGUAUCGCAAACAACCUAACGGGUUUCUGUUUCCCUUUUUAGGUUUAACAGUAGAAAAGGUUACUCAUUUUGUCAAAGAAGGUUAUGUCCAGCAUUUCCCCCAAGUACCUGACAUUGAUGAUUUUCACAUUAGGGAAGUCACUUUGGAUUUAACGCUAUUUUACUCUCAGUGCUUGAGUGCAUUAAAGAUUGAUUCUAGUAUGCCCCAAAACCUCAGUCCACACAAUGGUCAAUUAGGAAUCGAUAUUUUGAUGAGCUGCUGGACAAAAUUGGAGUUUCAGUGGACGAUAUUUAAAGAAAAAAUUAGGUUCUACUUGAUGUUGAUAUUUCAACCAUUGCAAAAGUAUCUAAAGGAUUUCUCUACCAUCAAAAUCGACCGAAUUCUUUUUGCCUCCUUCAAGGACAAUAUGUUGACACCAUUUUUGGUUCAGAGAUUGAGCAACUUCCAUAACUUCCAUGACGAAGAACGCAAGUCCCUCAAAUCUAAUAUGCCCUUAGUGAGGAACAUGAUCAACUGCUUUAGCCUAUUAACAGGUAAAGCAAUUGUUGAUAGCAAUAACCCGCUGGCGGCCACAUUUUUAUUUAAUGAUACAUACGAAAUGCUUUGCAAUAUUGAGGACGAUAGGAAUUAA